GUCUUUUCUUUUUGUCUUUGGAGGAACAGAGCUCAGCUCUUGAUCUCUGUGACCCUGAGAAAUAAGCUAUCCCUGGGAUCACAAAGUUUGCAAACUCAACAGCAAAAUUUCGGGAAAGUCUCUUAUGUGAACCUCGGACAAGUCUAACCUGGAGCUGAUCACUCUGACAUGCACCUGUGUGGCUGCAACUCUCUUCUGGCUCCUGUUAACUCUCUUUAUCCGAAAAAUGAAAAGGUCCUCUGCAGAAGCCAAGACUGACUACCUGUCCAUCAUCACGGACCCGGACGAGGUGCCCCUGGACGAGCAGUGCGAGCGGCUCCCUUACGAUGCCAGCAAGUGGGAGUUUGCCCGGGAGAGGCUCAGACUGGGCAAGUCACUUGGAAGAGGGGCCUUUGGAAAAGUGGUUCAAGCAUCUGCAUUUGGCAUUAAGAAAUCACCCACGUGCCGGACCGUGGCUGUGAAAAUGCUGAAAGAGGGGGCCACGGCCAGUGAGUACAAAGCUCUGAUGACUGAGCUCAAGAUCCUGACCCACAUUGGCCACCAUCUGAACGUGGUUAACCUGCUGGGAGCCUGCACCAAGCAAGGAGGACCUCUGAUGGUGAUCGUAGAAUACUGCAAAUAUGGAAAUCUGUCCAACUACCUCAAGAGCAAACGUGACUUGUUCUUUCUCAACAAGGAUGCCGCCCUACACGUAGAGCCUAAGAAAGAAAAAAUGGAGGCAGAGCUGGAGGCAGGCGAGAAACCAAGGCUGGACAGCGUCACCAGUAGCGAGAGCUUCGCGAGCUCCGGGUUCCAGGAAGACAAAAGUCUGAGUGAUGUUGAGGAAGAGGAGGAUUCUGACGGUUUCUACAAGGAGCCCAUCACUAUGGAAGAUCUGAUUUCUUACAGUUUUCAAGUGGCCAGAGGCAUGGAGUUCUUGUCUUCUAGAAAGUGCAUUCAUCGUGACCUGGCAGCGAGAAACAUCCUUUUAUCUGAGAACAAUGUGGUGAAGAUUUGCGAUUUUGGUCUCGCCCGAGAUAUUUAUAAGAACCCCGAUUAUGUGAGAAAAGGAGAUACACGGCUUCCUCUGAAAUGGAUGGCUCCCGAAUCUAUCUUUGACAAAAUCUACAGCACCAAGAGCGACGUGUGGUCUUACGGAGUUCUGCUGUGGGAAAUCUUCUCCUUAGGCGGGUCUCCAUACCCUGGAGUGCAGAUGGAUGAGGACUUCUGCAGCCGCUUGAAGGACGGCAUGAGGAUGAGGGCUCCUGAGUACGGCACCCCUGAAAUCUAUCAGAUCAUGCUGGACUGCUGGCACAAAGACCCCAAAGAAAGGCCAAGGUUUGCAGAGCUCGUGGAGAAACUGGGCGAUCUGCUUCAAGCAAAUGUACAGCAGGAUGGGAAAGACUACAUCCCACUCAAUGCCAUCCUGACAGGAAACAGUGGCUUUGCAUACUCAACUCCUGCCUUCUCUGAGGGCUUCUUCAAGGAAGGCAUCUCAGCUCCAAAGUUCAGUUCAGGAAGCUCUGAUGACGUCAGAUACGUAAAUGCUUUCAAGUUCAUAAGCCUGGAAAGAAUCAAAACCUUUGAAGAACUUUUACCAAAUGCCACCUCCACGCUGGAUGACUACCAGGUGGAUGGCAGCACCCUGCUGGGCUCCCCCUUGCUGAAGCGCUUCACCUGGACAGACAGCAAGCCCAAGGCCGUGCUAGAUUGACUUGAGAGUGACUAGUACAAAUAAGGAGUCGGGGCUCUCGGACGUCACCAGGCCCAGCUGCGGCCACUCCAGCUGCGGCCACGUCGGCAAAGGCCAGCGCAGAUUCACUUACGACCACUCGGAGCUGGGGAGGAAGGUCUCAUGUGGCUCCCCACCCCCAGACUACAACUCGGUGGUCCUGUAUGCCGCCCCGCCUGUCUGAGGUGUGACACCACGCCUUAUUUCUAGAAGCAUACAUGUAUUUAUACCCCCAGAAAACUAGCUUUUGCCAGUAUUAUGCCUACCUAAGUUUACACCUUUACCUU